AUGAAAGUUCCUGCGGAGAGCAUUCGUAUCCCGAAGAUUUACUAUAUGAAGAUGUUCACAGAGUGGAAUCCUGUGAAAGGAUACAUAAUCAUGGAAUACCUUGACAACCUGAAGGCAGUGCAUCUCUUUGAAACCGUUACACCAGAGGAAGUGAAGCAGAUUCUGCGACACAAAGCCGCAAUGGAGGCGAGUUCACUCGACACGCUCGCAGAAGAGAGAAAUGAGUACACGCAACCUUUCAAAGCCCUCUUCGCAGCGUUAUUCGAGGAAAAGAUGCUGGAUCAAAUGCUGACUGUGUUUUCUAAAUUCGAAGGCGGGAAGUUUGCUGAGAGCGGGGAGCAUCUCAAAGCAAUUAUCCCGGAUUUGGUGGAUCUUGAUUGGGUGGAAAAUAUGUGCCAAGAACUCGGUGAGUAUACUCCAGUAUUCGCAAGACACUGCAUAUUCACAUAUGUUCAUUAA